GUCACUUCGCCGUAUUGUUAAUAAUACUAUUAUUAUUAAUAAUACUGUUAUUAUUCUUAUUAUUAUUACGAUCAUCAUCACACGCAUUUGUAAGAUAUCUUUAUUCGAUUUUCAAAUGAGAAAAUACGACGAUAACGUUUAUAAAAUUAACGAGACAGUAACAUGAAUCUUAAAAGUAACAAACGAUAACAUCUAGGAGCUGUGAGGAACUUGCGGUUUUAAUUCCUGAUUUUAGUUCUUUUACAGUUCAUUUGCUCCAAGUGAUCUAUUACUUAGACCUUCAGAAUACAAGGAGGUAAUUCUUAGUAUGAGAUCUAACUGUACCUUGGUUAAUAGUUUCAAUCGUAAACUUUCCAACCAAAAUUCGUACAAAUACAAACAAUUAGUUUUUCUUCACCAGCCUUUAACGGGUAUAUGCGUCUAAACACUUGCCCCGGCGUUGUUCCACAAAUUAGAAACCUAUUUUUCGAGAAAUAUAACAUUUAUGCUUAUAGAGAAGCACGUUAGUAAAAAUCUUAUGGAUGAGGAUCUGGGCAUAUGAGCUUCGUUAUGAUAAAAUCUUGUUCGAGUUUCACCUCAAGUUUGCCCAAGAAGUUACUUUGGCUUUUAUGUCACCCUGUAUUUCUUGUCGCUCUAGCCAACGCUAAGUCGAAAUACGCUUGCGACUGAUUUAUUUUCUAUUAGGGUCUGCGAAGUUUUCCUGAAAAGGGAAUCACCCAGUCAGGGGUCCACUUAACAAUGCUUUCAAAAUAGGUUUUCCACAGCGGAGUACCUACAUUAAAUGAGAAUUCUGAGAGUCGAGACAACGCUAAGGGCUUCACUCAUGGUUUGUGCACGGCCUUCAAAACGAAACUCACGCCUCACUAGGACAGUACUUUCAUCAAUAGGAAAUUAGCUCUGUUCUUAUGUUUAUUUAUCAGUUUGAGGAACAGCGAUACAAUGUUGCUGUAGAAUUUCCUAAGCAUUGGCCUGAACGCAAUUAUAUAUUUAGGUGCUGUAAAAUUAAGACCUAUAAGCUGUCCUUCUGACCCUAUGUGAACCUAAGCUGUUAUUGGUUUAAUGAACAUUUCUUUGUCGAAAAGUAGUCUAGCUAGCCAGCUGUGGUUGAUCGAUCUGCAGUAUUUUAUAGAAUACCAUCAAUGGAAGAACUGCAUUGUCUACGAGUCUGGCGCGACUAAGUGGACAUUACCAUAAGCAACAAAGAUUUAAUAAAAAAUGUAAGGCCUUCGUAUGCUGCGAAUACAUUAUAUAUACAAAUAAAAUAUUCGAUCCUAUAAUAACUUAAUAUAAUACUAAUAAUAAUUACAAUUAAGAUUUUGCGUGUGGGUACAGCUUAUAUUGUGCUAGCAGUAGCUUUUAUAGCAAUUGAAUUGGACAAAAAAUUCACAGAAUAUUAUUCAGUAGUUGAUUCUGAGACAGACGCUCUGCAGCCGUCAGGCUUGUCCUUAUCAUUCACUGAUGUAGAACCAUAUAAUCACUGGUAGGGCUUCGAACUGUUUCCUCGUAUAAAAGCUCAGCUAUUCAAGCCAAGGGUAUAUAUUUAUUCUUUUUUUCUUACUGAAUUCAACCGAGGCAGGGUUAGCCAGUUAAUGUAUGGAGUCCUUGUUUAUAAUUGAUAUUAAUAUUUUCGAAGCAGACUUUCGAUAUUAAGCUCGGUCUGGGGCUCGCCAAGGGCGAAAAGGAUUUUCACUUGCGACGGAAGUCAACGAAAGGAUUAUCGCCCAAACGUACACAACGGCAUCGCUGUGUAGACAUUCACUAGAAGAAACACAGUCGGAUGUCAACUGUUUUCGAUGUGCCUUCUUCACGCCGUGAAACUACAAAAUUACUAUUGGUUAACAUAAUAGUCCUAUUUAUUAGUGUACUAUUUAAAAAAGAUCUAUGAACCUCAAUGCUGAACUUGCGCUCAGAUCUUAUCCGAUCAAACACGUUUGUAAAAAGGGUGUUGCGCUAUUUGAGCUUAUGAUACGAUCAGUUAGGUUCUUAAUUAAAACAAAUCUACGUAAGAGAAAUCGACCUAUUUUAUAAGUAGAAUUUGCUUACUAGAAAUAUGUCUAUAGAAAUUUAUUUGAGUCGUAUAAUCUAUCUCCAUAAAAAUGGAUUCCCCCUAUACGCAUAGAAGCUGGUUUGAAAUCCCCUUACUCUUUAACGUAUGGUGUAUGAAAGUUUCUCUGAAAUCAACACGAUAUCUAAAGGGAGCUUUUUUGCAAAUAUUGCUCCAGUCUUUAUGAUUGUCUGCACGAACGUUUUUAUUAAUGUCAGGGAAACGAGAAACUAGAGGCACGAAAAAGAGGCUUCGGAUAGUAAGUAUGCCGGGUACAGAUUGUCGAACAGAGUACUUCAAAGGAAAGAGUGCAGAAUGACCUCUAUUUUUACCCAAUACCGAGAUCAUUGUAUUCUUAUCUACCGAUUUUUUAGGCUGUCCACGUGAUUGACGAAGCACAGCCCGAAUCUACCAAAUCUGCGCAGAGAAUGAUUCGGAACUCCUAAAUUGGUUUACAAAAACUUUUUUACAUAUCAAUCUUUAUAAACUCAGAACGAUUAAAGCCCACGGAUGUCCGGAUGGGUCACGUGGGACCUUUUUUUAACGCUCUGCUCCACACUGUGGCGCUUGCAAUGCACAGGGAAACUAAGUGGACUCCGAUGGCUUCGAUGUUUCCAGGUUCUGACGCAACAUUACCCCAUACAGAACUAUCGCUUUACACCUUCACAUAUGGAGUUUGCUGAGCUUUAAGAAGCUCAAAAUUCAAUCGAUUCUUUUAGCGUUUGUCUACUGCUGUCGCUGCUGCUCCUAUUGUUAUUGUUACGACCCAAAAACUCAUGAUCGGGGUUGGUGGCAAGCUGCUUGUCCCACCCACGGUCUCGGCGGCCAUUGCCCCGCUCCCAACGGCAGCUGCUAGCCGAGUCGGAGUCAAGAUGGAAUAGCAUAGCCAGGACCUCUGCUGCUGCGUAGACCGUACGCAAACGUCUGCGUAACGGUGACGCGGGUUCUUAAGUGCAACCGUUCGGAACGUGCUAAGCGCUGAUAAGAUUUCAACGGUAGUGGCAUGAAUGCGGCGGCACUAGUGAUACCGCAGUAAUACCGAGUAGACAUUAAGGAAGCGUUGCUGGUUUGUAAAAAAACAAAAAGAAAAUUAUGACGAAUCUUGCAAGCAAAGGCGAUAAUGCAAACAGUGCCUAUAUUUUUCAUCCGGCUCAUUUAGUCACUCAUUGAUACAGCACCUCUCUCACAGACAAAUCGAGUGAAUGAUUGACUGCCGUGGAAUGAUUAACACUCGGCGGAGAGCUAUCUGAAGUGACGUCUAGGACAGAAAUCGACAAUUCGACUGGUCGGCCCGGCCUUCUUUCCUGCGAGGUGUAUCCUACCCGUUGGUGAGCAUCUCUACGAGCCAGCACGCAGGCAUUCGGACAGACAGAAGCCUAGAUAGCCGGGAAGAGGUUUGUACCAUGUUGUUGCCAUUGUUAUCCGUCUUUAAUCCAUCAAGCUCCUUUUGGAUCUUUGGCAUUUUUCGCACGCACACAGACGCAGGCCUAUGCGUCUCCUUUAUUCUGCCGCCUGUGCAUCAUCGCUGCGAGUUUGUGUUGUUCCGUUAACACAUCAGCUUCCCUCAACAGGUGUUUGUCGAUCGCUGGUGACUCACGAGCGCUCGACAAGAACGGCAAUCAGAGCGAUUUUUGCCAUGAAAGAGCAAGAUGUGAGAAGUUUUCCAAGACGAUUUUUCGUUUAAUAAGAAACCGACGCUAGCGGACACAUCAUAGUACGCGGAAGCGCGAACAACUGCGUUUCUCGGCCGCAUGCGCAGACAUGCAUCUUCAACAAAAAAUCUACACCGAACAUUUAGAAUCAGACAUUGAUUGAUUGAACUCGACGCCAGCUGCUUCAACCACGUAUCUGACAAUACUUGAAACACUUUUUAUUUCAUAACACGCUUUCCGAUUAGCCAGUUAUCCGGUUUUCUAAAAAUCUCUAGCAGCUGCCAUGCAUAUCACGUUCGUGACAAAUCGUGCUUCGCUACUGAGCAGUACGGAGCGACUGAGCAUGAGGCCGGAGCCGUCUGCAUGCAAGGACCGUCGAUGCAAGCGGCCAAGAUAUGGGGGACCGGUGGCCACAAUGCCGGCAGCAGCGCUAUGCGCUAUCUAUGGGCGAACUCUUACAAUCGUCCGUGCGGGCCCGAGCACCCAACGCGUUGAGUGAUAUUGUAAAAAGUGAAUCCCAUUGCGUAGACGCAGUGAAGCGUAUUGCAAUGUCCGAUACGUCCGUGAGAGGAUCGUAACGGGUGCGGCAUUUAUCUGAACAAGAUAAAUGAACAGGUGUUUGUGCAAGUGGCUCCGCGGUGUGGAAUUCUAUGUGAAACGUGAGUUGUAUAGUGUGAAUUCAAGUACGUAAUAUUAGAGACAAACCUGAAGCGUCUUUCAAGUGCGGAAUCCACGGGAAAACGAUAUAGACACAGGCAUGGCUGUGGCGGUUGACAACAUAUUAGUGCUGAUAGCAUUACUAUGCCCGGUUGGGGCAGAUAUGUGGAAAGAUAAAGUACAUCUAUCGUGCGAUUCAACGGGAAUGCGAGUGGAGCUUUCGGGGGGCCCGGGAGGUGUUCCAUUCAAAGGCCUCAUGUGGAUUGAAGGUAGUGAAGAUCCCGCGUGUGCCGUUCGAGGUACAGGAAAAGGACCUACUAUUAUGUAUAUCCCUUAUGAGGCGUGCAACACACACAAGGCAAGUAACUCACUUUAUGUGAACCGAGUCAGCUUGAAGGAGCGCGCCGGCCUAGUAAGUUCGCGAGACUCCGUAAUUGAAGUGGUAUGCCGUCUCAAAUCUGGCCAUGUUCGGGUGAACUCGGAAAAGACAAUUUUUUCGAUAAUUACCGAUGGUGUCAUGGAUAUCUCAAGGCGAGUCUCCACACCCGAUAUAGUCCAACCGCAUCCGCAGGAUCUGGUUGCGUCUGAUCAUGCAAUCAAUCGUAAAGCUGAGUCAGCCCAGCCCAAUGUCAAGUUGCUAAGAGACAAUAUCUCCGGGAAACAUCGUCUGAUGGUAAAUCUUCAACUUCCAAUAACAACAGGAAACCGAAUAUAGCAAGGAGACAGCAACCGAAAAUUGGGAGACCAAAAUUAUAUAAACUUACGUACAAUAAUACGAUG